AUGUCAAUUGCAAAGCCAAAUAUUCUUUCCCAAAUGCAUCUAUUUCACCAAUACCAAUUAAACAAAUCAAAAAUGCUCAAGAAUCGCCAAAGUCUCAUAGGCAAUAACUAUAAAUCACUACCUCUAUUAGAGUCUGCAUCCAAAAAGCCCAAGAUAAAAUCUGAAAACGCAAGAUCGAGGAGCAAAUCUGUAUUAAAAUCUCAUUUCAAUGGAAAUGAUAAAACAGCUGAUGCUAUUGAAGCCAAUAGCUCAAUUGAAAAACUUCCAAUCUUUGUUCCUUCUAAUCUGCUAAAACCACCUAUUCCAGACGAAUCCCAUCUUUCCAAAAUGCGUCACAAGAUCAAAAAAGCGAUAGGAAAUAGACAAAAGCGAUUUCCAAGUGUAAAACUUAAAAGCAAAUCUGAAAUCUAUGGAAAGCAGGAUCAAAGUAUUAUUGCUGUGGCUAGAAAAAUAGUCAAUAGCAAGGAGUCUGUUAAUAAUAUUGUGAAAGGAAUUAAAAAUACAAAUAAUCAGAAUUAUGCAUCUCAUAAUACAACAAAUGUAUCAAUAAGCGCAAAGGAAUUCCCUUGCGAUGGAGAAGCAACUCACUCAAGUGUUUCAGAUUUUGAAGAUGAUGUUUAUUUUAAGUCUAUUUAUAAUUAA